AAAAAGCCCCUCCAUUCAGCGCGGCUCAGGCAAUUGGGCACCGGUCCAUCACUUGUUUCGCACACAGUUGCAAUUUUAGGCGAUAAACCCCCCCAAAAAUCCAAUCUCUCAGCCCUUUUCUCGAGUCGAACUCUUUUCCCAAGCAUCCAUCCUUGCGUGCAAAUCAACGAGCAUCCCAAUAUUGCUUCAUCCACAGUCGCAAGACUAUUGUCAACCCUCCCAACUACUCAGCUCUACAAAGACUGCCAAUAUGUCUGCUAAGAAGCAGUGGGAAGAGGAGGACUCGGACUCCAGCACCCCUCCCUCAUCACCUCCUGCCGGUGUCAGUGCCGCUGCCGCCGCCGGUCGCCGCAAGUUUGACGAUGAAGAUGAUGACAGCGAUGUUCUUGACUCUUGGGAUGCUGCCGAAGACUCCGAGGUAGAGCGCGAAAAGGCCAAGAAGGCCGCCGAGGUCAAGGCCCAGGCAGACGCUGAAGCCGCUGCCAACAAGAAAUCCAAGAAGCAACGUAUCGAGGAGCACCGCGCCGAACGUGCCAAGCAAUUGGCCGAGGAAGACGACAGUGAUUUCGACGAGACUGAGGCCGAACGCCGCGAGCGCCUCAAGCGUCAGGAGCUGGAUGCCGAUUUGAACCACGCUGCCGACUUGUUCGGGGAUAUUGGCAUUAAGGCUGGUCGCAAGGCUACCACUGCCGGGUCUGCCAUUCCUAUAGACCCCAAGGAUCCUACCAAAACCAUCGACCUCAGCUCGCUCCCCCUCGUCAACCCCCUGACCAAGCUUCAGUUCGAGAACAUGCGCAACGUCCUCGUACCUAUCAUUGGUGGCCAGAACUACAAGAAGGCUCACUACACCUUGUUUUUGCAGGAAUUCACCAAGCAGCUGGCCAAGGACCUGCCCAGCGACCAGAUCAAGAAGAUUGCUAGCACUUUGACUGCUCUCGGCAACGAAAAGAUGAAGGAGGAGAAGGCCGCUGAGAAGAGUGGAAAGAAGAGCAAGGCACAGAAGACCAAGACCAGUUUGGUUACUUCCAGAGCCAACGCUGCCGAAACGACCACCUAUGAAGACGAUUUUGGUGACGACGAUUUCAUGUGAAAAGCGCACAAGUUGCUUCAACGCUCGUGGUUUCACCCACGUUGCGCUUCACAGAAAGAUCACGUCGGGUUUUACGAGCCCACACAUGUCAAAUAGCGUC